CGCGUAAGCUCACUAUCCCGACUACAUCUAAUUUCAAUCAUCUCUCACCAACAAUCUCCCACACUCCAUCCAAACAAGAACCAACAGACAUGUCCCUGAUAGGCAGAUUCGAACACCUCCCCAACAGGCCCAAAUCUGACCAAGCGCGACCACUGCUCGAAAAGAUUGCCAGCCAGGUCAAACCGAUCAUGUCCAAGAGGGGUUGGAAAGUCGGUACUCUUGCCGAGUUCUUACCGGCAGACCCGUCGUUGUUGGGGAUCAAUACGAACCGUGGGCAGCGUAUCAACUUGCGUCUGAGACCGCCAGGCGCGGAAGAUACGUUUUACGAGUAUGAUCAGUUGGUCUUGGUCAUGCUUCACGAACUGACACAUAUCGUCCACGGCCCUCACGCCGCCCCAUUCUACAAGUUACUAAAAGAACUCGAAGAAGAGUACUACGCCCUGAAAACGAAGGGAUACUCUGGCGAUGGAUUCCAUUCUGAAGGACACCAUCUCGGCGCUGUGAGGCGGAAUGAGUAUGAUGGGAAGAAGAAGGGGCUCGCAGCUGCAGAGGAGCGGUUGGGACGGGCGAAAGUCCUGGGCAAGGGAGGUAAACUGGGAGGGAGUGGGAGUGCUGGGGGGAAGAGUAUGAAGGAGCUUGUUGCCGAGGUGAGCUCUUCUUCGCGAUGGAUGUUGGUGCGCGCUGACGAGGUUUUGAUGAGGCGGCGGAGAGACGGCUGAAGGAUGAUAAAGUGUGCAAGACGGAAGAGCACAGUGAUGAAGCGGAGAAAGAGGUCAAGAAGGCUCAGGAGGAGAGUAUAGGCGUCGAUGCGGGGGACCUCCUUGCCACGUCGACUCUUGCGCCGCCGACUCUGACGGCGAGUACGCCAAAGAGACCAGCAAGCAAACACCUCGAGAAAGAGCCCGUAGCAUCAGGCAGCUCCCCGCGUCAACCAAGACCGGCCGCCAAAAAAAGAAUGGCCAACACCGCCACGACGCCUAUCGUUAUCGAUUCAUCCCCCGAACCCGAAGAUCUUCCUGCACCUCGUCAUUCGCCGCCGGCCAAACCAAAAAAAUCAAUCAUUCCCCGAGACUGGUCGUGUCCUACAUGCACGCUCAUAAACGAGCCUGCAUCUCCCUCUUGUGAAGCAUGCAGCUCUCCGCGCCCUGCUGGCGAGGGAGAACCAAGCAGGAAGGUUGAUGGAUGGUUUUGCGAGUUUUGCGGAGCGGGGCCGAGGGAGAUGGGGUACUGGAGUUGCGGCGAAUGCGGGUGGGUGCGGAAAUGGGGUUAGAGGGGUG